AAUUAAUAAGACGAAGGUCAGGGUAUUCGUUGAGAAACGAGUAAUAGGAAUUUUUAAUAGAUGGUAGAUGGGUCAUGCGGAAUAUGUAUAAAUUAUUGUAAACUCACGGACGCGUGCUGUUUGUGUUCCCAUCAAGAAAGGAUCAACAUGAAGAUAUUGGUGUUUGUGUUCGUUAUCAGUGUUUUCUUCAGCUGCAACUGUGAAGACUUACAUUUAAUAGAGCCAAAACGCGGCCAAUGUUUCGACAUCUACCCCGAGGGCAAACCCAUAUACCUGUCCAGGUCCCUCAAGACUUGCACCGAAAACAUCCCUGAGAUCAACAACUGCUUGGGUCUGAGAACUCAGAACGGUGAAAUCAUCAAUUUGGAUUGCAACGAAGACGAACAAGAAAACCCGGGAUGCUAUCAAAUAAUAAAUGCUGACCAAACGAAAGGCACCGUCUGCCAGAAAAUGGACCAAGCUCGGGGUUGUGAGGUGAUCUCCACACCUACCGGGGUCAACGUGGAAGUCUUCUGUUACCCAGUGGAAGAAAGCAGGAAUAUUAUUUAUGUGAAAUCUCUUAAACUUAAACCGACGUAAAAUAUCGAUAAACGCAUUGUACUUAAUUUUUUACUAUCACUUUUAAUACGGAUAUAAUAAAUACUAACUUAUUUAUAACGAUCAGGUAUUAUAAUUAUACAUCAAUGAAGAAUAAAGCAGAUAAGUAUUAAGACCCCUUUCUCGGUUUUCAUAAAGAGAAGCACAA